GGCUACAUCCUACAAUCAGAAUGGAUAGCUCGAGUGGACAAGCAGGUAAUGAGAACUGUCCUCUUCCAAACGGAGCCUCCAAAAACCGAGGCAGGUUAUCCUUCUCUUCUUGGCGUUCCUCCUCUUUGUCCUCCACACACGGAACUGGAGGUGGAGGUGAUCUGAGCCGGAGGCUACAAAGUCUCAUCCGUAAGCACGAAAGAGCUGUUUCUACAGCCAACUUCAACAUUAAACCCACUGAGGUGACAAUUGGGAGUGAAGGGAUGACCUCGACCAUUCCAUCUGUAGGGACCUCUGGAAAUCCUAAUAUUGAGGAUGGCGAGACCGCUGACCAGUCCACUUAUCUCCAGAAGCAGCUGAGCUCCAUGUUGCAACCAGGAGUCAACAAGCAUUCUCUGCGUAUGUUUGGCAGCACCCAAGGAGUUGAAGCUGAGCAAGAGAGAGUCCGGUCUUUUGGGGUCUGGAUUAUACAUCCCUACAGCAACUUCAGGUUCUACUGGGACUUGGUAAUGCUCUUUCUGAUGAUGAGCAACCUUGUCAUACUUCCAUGGUGCAUCACUUUCUUUGAAGAUCAGAACACUCUGCCAUGGAUGCUUUUCAACAUGGCGUCAGAUACUCUGUUUCUGACUGACCUAAUCUUAAAUUUCCGCACGGGAAUCCUAGAGGACGAUAAUUCCAACAUCAUCCUGGAUCCGCAGGUGAUCCGACGCCGAUACCUGCAGGGCUGGUUCCUUGUGGAUUUCAUCUCUUCAAUCCCGGUGGAUUAUAUUUUCCUUGCUGUGGACCUGGAGGCCCGGCUUGAGUCGGCGGAAGUUUAUCGCACUGCUAGAGCAUUAAGGAUUGUCCGUUUUACUAAGAUCCUCAGCCUGCUCAGGUUACUUCGUCUGUCCAGGCUUAUCCGCUAUAUUCACCAGUGGGAAGAGAUCUUUCACAUGACAUAUGACCUGGCAAGUGCAGUUGUUCGAAUAGUCAACUUGAUCGGGAUGAUGCUUCUACUAUGCCACUGGGACGGCUGUCUUCAGUUCAUGGUCCCCUUGCUUCAGGAUUUCCCCCCAAACUGCUGGGUUUCCAAAAACAACAUGGUGAAUGCCACCUGGGAGGAACAGUACUCUUAUGCUCUCUUUAUGUCCAUGAGCCAUAUGCUGUGUAUCGGAUACGGUGCCCAAGCUCCAGAGAGAAUGACUGAUGUCUGGCUCACCAUGAUGAGUAUGAUUGUAGGUGCCACUUGUUAUGCCAUGUUCCUUGGCCAUGCAACCAACCUGGUACAAUCCCUGGACGCCUCCCAUCGCCAGUACCAGGAAAAGUACAAGCAAGUGGAGCAAUACAUGUCUUUUCAUAAGUUGCCUGCUGACUUGCGACAAAGAAUUCAUGACUAUUAUGAACACCGUUUCCAGGGGAAGAUGUUUGAUGAGGACAACAUUCUGGGAGAACUCAGUGACCCGCUUAAAGAGGAUAUAGUAAGCUUCAAUUGCCGUGAACUGGUAGCAAACAUGCCACUGUUUGGCAACAGCGAUCCUCACUUUGUCACUGUGCUCCUGACUAAGUUGCGGUUCGAGGUCUUUCUGCCAGGCGAUACCAUUAUUCGUGAGGGUACACUGGGGCGUAAAAUGUACUUCAUCCAGCAUGGAUGUGUCACUGUCCUCACCCAUGACAAGAAGGAAAAGAAGCUCAGUGAUGGCUGCUACUUUGGGGAGAUUUGUUUGCUGACCAGUGGGCGUCGAACUGCCAGCGUGCAAGCUGACACCUACUGCAGACUCUAUUCUCUCAGCGUGGACAGCUUUAACGAGGUGUUAGAAGAGCACCCCAUCAUGAGGAGGGCCUUUGAGAGUGCCGCCAUAAGGCACCUUGACAACACUGUAUAUGCCAUGCCAUUGAGAGAAAACACAAAGGAACCGACAAAAGAGAAAAAUGACAGUGACGCCUUAUAACAUAUGGUUAAUUGUUCAUUUUGUCAUCUACCAUGUUGAGUGUCAUCCCGUCAUUGGACUUGUGUCAUCUUGAGGACUUGUUCCAGGGAGGCCUGAAAGGCUUUACCGGCCCGAGGGGUUCCCAAUCCUGGUUCUGUAGGAUCCCCUGCUCUGCACAUUUUAAUACAUUUUCAGGUCCUGUCAUACCAGAUUCAUCUAAUUAACUGGCUGUAAUUAAAAUAGUUGUGACAAAGUUUUCUAAAAUCAACACAGGGUUAAAAUGAUACAUCCAGGGUAUGAAAAAUACCCACAAAACACCUAAUAUUUGGUUAAAUGUACAGUAAAUUAGCAAAUAUCAUCUUUAGUAGAUUCUUUUGGUAUUUAUUAACAAGUUUCUGGAAGAAUUCUACUUAAAUAUUUGACCUCUCUUCUUGGCAGAAGUGUUGUAAUUUUCUGUCACAGGUCAAUUUUUAAAGGUUAGUUCACAAUUUGUGAAUAGAGUUAAGGUUCCAAAGGCUUCAAGCUAUAGAGUGCUUUAUAUAUUCCACAACCAUGGUGAUGUAAAACUGGCUUGACUUAGGGAAUCCGUCAUCGUUUUUCUCAGUUCUGUACUGAGCUCCUUGCACUUUCCCAUUUUCCUUUUUAU